AUGUUAGUUAAAACUUUAAGAACACAGAAGCGUAACUUCAUAGUUACUCCAUUAUUGGCUGUGUUAGGAAGCAUAUUCAAUAGUGAGAGUAACCAAUUAGCCAAUAAAAUGGCAUCUGGGAAAUUACAUUAUAAAGACCCUAAUGCCAAAUUCAACAAUUCGAAAUCAUUCUUACAAAGAGCAGAACCCAAAUAUCCUGGUCAUAUUCCAUUAUAUAACUUUGAAAAGUUGUUGAUGUUUCUUGGAUCAUCUGUAGGUUCUUAUUUCCACCCCGAAAGAAAUGAAUUUAUCGUAGGUUUAGGAGAAUCGACUGCUUUACCUGUUGUAUUGCGAUCAUUACAAAGAAAGAUGUUAAGUGAUAAAGUGGGUAGAGAAAUUUUAAAGGAUAAACCAAGAAUUACUUCAACAUCUUUAGAUUUAGAAUAUUUAAGGUCUUUACCUGAAAACACCAUUGGUAAUAAUUAUAUCAAAUGGUUAGAUAGAGAAGGUGUUAGUCCAGAUACUAGAGUACCUGUAAGAUAUAUUGAUGAUCCAGAAUUAGCAUACAUUUUCCAAAGAUAUAGAGAAUGUCAUGAUUUCUAUCAUUCAGUAACAGGGUUACCCAUUAUUAUCGAAGGAGAAAUUGCUGUUAAAGUGUUUGAAUUCAUGAAUAUCGGUAUUCCAAUGAGUGGAUUAGGAGCAUUAUUCGCUCCUUUAAGAUUAAAACCAAGCCAAAAGGAAAGAUUAUAUAACAUAUAUUAUCCUUGGGCCUUCAGUAGUGGUUUAAAUUCGAAACCAUUGAUUAAUGUUUAUUGGGAGAAGAUUUUAACCAAAGAUGUUAAUGAAUUUAGAGAAGAAAUGAAUAUUGAACAACCUCCAGACUUAAGAAAUUUAAGAAGAGAUUAUCAUGAGAAAUUGAAGAAGAGGAAGCAAUUGGCUCCUUAA